UAUUCAACAUGGCGGACAACGUGGCAGAAAAAAUGGAGGAGCUGAAAAUCGAAGGACAAAAGGGUAAUGAAGGAGGAGGGGAGGGAGGGAAAGCAAAUAAGAAAGCUAAUAAAAAACCAAAGAAGAAAGAAGAUGGAGGUGGAUCAGCAUAUCCAGUAGAGAUAACUCCUCCCCCAGAAUUUAUUGAAUACAGGGAAAAACUUUGGCAGAAAUGCAAAGCAGAACGUGAUGCAUGGGUAGCUGCCCAACCCAAUGUUGCAAUUAAAGUUACUCUUCCUGAUGGCAAACAAGUUGAUGGUGAAGCCUGGAAAACUACACCUUAUGAAGUUGCCAGAGGAAUAAGUCAGGGUCUAGCUGAUGCAGUUGUUAUAGCAAAAGUUAAUGGAGAACUCUGGGAUUUAGAUCGACCACUAGAGGGAGACACAGAAUUGAAGUUACUUAAAUUUGAAGAUGAUGAAGGCCAAUAUGUGUUCUGGCACUCCAGUGCCCACAUGGUUGGUGAGGCUAUGGAAAGACAUUAUGGAGGACAUCUAUGUUAUGGACCACCAAUAGAGUCAGGAUUCUACUAUGAUAUGCAUUUGGAAGGAAGACAAGUCACCCCAACAGACUUCAAACCUCUGGAAACCAUAGUGAAAUCAAUACAGAAAGAGAAACAGCCAUUUGAACGUCUCGAAAUGAAGAAGGAGGAUCUCUUAGAGAUGUUCAAAUACAAUGAAUUUAAAUUAAGGAUACUCAAUGAAAAAGUCACAACUCCAACCACAACCGUUUACAAAUGUGGUCCAUUAAUAGAUCUCUGCAGAGGGCCUCAUGUUCGACAUACAGGGAAAGUCAAGGCUAUUGAAAUCACUAAGAAUUCCUCAACAUAUUGGGAAGGAAAAGCUGAUGCUGAAUCUUUACAACGUAUCUAUGGUAUAUCUUUCCCCGACACUAAACAAAUGAAAGAAUGGCGAAAAUUCCAAGAAGAGGCUGCAAAACGAGAUCACAGAAAAAUAGGAAGGGAGCAGGAGCUGUAUUUCUUCCAUGAGCUAAGUCCAGGUAGCUGUUUCUUCAUGCCAAAGGGAGCCUUUAUCUAUAAUACGCUAGUAGACUUCAUUAAAGUAGAAUACAGAAAGAGAGGUUUCCAGGAAGUAGUCUCUCCAAACAUCUAUAACAGAAAACUAUGGGAAAUCUCUGGUCAUGCGCAGCACUAUUCAGAUAACAUAUUCCAGUUUGAUGUGGAAAAAGAAAGGUUUGCUCUAAAACCAAUGAACUGUCCUGGUCACUGUUUGAUAUUUGAUCACCGGCCCAGAUCAUGGCGGGAACUUCCAAUACGCAUGGCUGACUUUGGUGUUUUACAUCGUAAUGAAUUAUCAGGUGCCCUGUCAGGGUUGACCAGAGUUCGACGAUUCCAACAAGAUGACGCCCAUAUAUUCUGUAGACAUGACCAGAUCAAAGAAGAGAUGGCUGGUUGCCUUGACUUUUUACAGCAUGUCUAUGGUGUAUUUGGCUUCACUUUUAAACUUGUCCUUUCAACUAGACCUGAGAAAUAUAUGGGGGAGCUAGAGACUUGGAAUCAAGCUGAAAAGCAAUUAUCUGAGAGUUUAGACUCAUUUGGACAGCCGUGGUCACUGAAUCCAGGAGAUGGGGCUUUUUAUGGGCCUAAGAUUGAUAUCACAAUUAUGGAUGCUUUGAAGCGUGCUCACCAAUGUGCAACUAUUCAACUGGACUUCACUCUUCCAAUCCGGUUUAAUCUCAAUUAUGUAGGCAAAGAGCAAGAUGAGCUGAGACCUGUCAUCAUCCACAGAGCAGUUCUGGGUUCUGUUGAGCGAAUGAUCGCCAUCUUGACUGAAAGCUGUGGAGGAAAAUGGCCUUUUUGGUUAUCUCCUAGACAAGCUUUGGUGGUACCAGUAGCUCCACCUUUUGAUGACUAUGCCAAAGAGGUGAAGAAACAGAUUUGGGAUGCAGGAUUCCAGAUAGAGACAGACUUAGAUCAUGGCACUACGCUGAAUAAGAAAGUCCGCAAUGCACAAUUAGCUCAGUACAACUUCAUCUUUGUGGUUGGAGAGAAAGAAGUUGAGAACAAGACAGUGAAUGUUCGUACGCGAGACAACAAAGUACAUGGUGAACAUUCAAUAGAGCAUGUCAUCACACGCUUUAAAGAGUUUGUAGACGUUAAAAUACAGGACGCUGAAGAGAAGUUCUAAAACGAAAGGAUUUUACGAAUAGAAUAUAAUGUUAAUCUCAACCUUGGCAAUAUAACUAUUUGCCAAAGGAAGAUGAAAAGUAUGGAGAAACAAUCUGUUAAAAACAAUGCUUGGACUUUUUAACUUGUAAGCUAUUUACUGCUUUCAAAUUUGUUAUGCAGUUAAAGGGCCAUUCAUGUUCAUUCUUGACAAUCAAAGUAACACCUAGUUACUGAUUGAAAUUGUUAAACAUGGUCCUUGGAUUAUGAUACUUUAUUCUUGAAAAUACCUUCUGAAUGGCAAAGUUGCAAUUUGAGGAGAAAAUUAAAUGCCGAGUGGGCCUAUUUGCAAGAAAUUCGGGUAACCUGUUCUUGAAACUGUGUUCUUCAAUAGCUUUCAUGUUUUUAAACCUGAGUAACUGAAGUAAAAUUGAAAUAAUUAUUAUGUCACCACCACAGUGUUUGGAGGUUGGUGUUCAGUGUCUGUAACAAAUGG